AUGGCAGAUGCAGUGUCAUUUGUGCGACAAAGCAUGCUCCACUGCUCUACCUACCAUGAAGCGCUCCAAUGUACAAGAGAGGGUGGUAGCUUCAUGCCAACGAGAGUCAUCAGUAUCGACCCAAACGAUCCUCCCCUUCGACUGGUUGAAUCGGCCACGAAGGCUACAUCGUAUGCUACGCUGAGCUAUUGCUGGGGAGGUACUGUGCCGCCAAGCACGACCCGGGCAAACAUAUCCGACAUGUUUCAACAGAUCACAGAGGACGGCCUUCCAGUCAUGUUCCGCCAGGCAAUUCAGCUUGCCCAAAGCCUCAAAAUACCUUACAUAUGGAUCGAUUCCCUGUGUAUUGCUCAGGACUGGCCAGAAGAUUGGGAGGCUGAGUCAGAAAGAAUGUGUCUGUACUAUGAGAACGCAUCCUUGAAUAUCGCCCCAGCAUCCUCCGACAAUCCUUAUGUGCCAUUUAUAAAAGAAAUCGAUAAGAUUUGGUGGCCUAUCAGCCUUGAAAUCCGCGACUUGCAGGAUAAAGUGUCUCACAUCACUGUGAGACGGGUUCCCCGCCUCGACACUCAGAACAAUGACUUGGGGACAUUAUUUGGUCGAGCUUGGACCUUCCAGGAGUCAGUCUUCGCCAGACAGACUGAUACCGCUUUCGAGAGUCCAAGUACAAUUGGGGAAUUUUCAAGCUGGCAAUUUCUGGUCCACGAGUACUCGUCACGCCGGCUCACCUUCGCCACGGAUAAAUUACCAGCUAUUAGUGGCGCUGCAGCGAAGUUCUAUGACAGAGUCAAGUGCCGUUAUCUGGCCGGGCUUUGGGCAGACAAUCUUCCCCAGGCCUUGAUCUGGAGAUGCUUCGGGGCUCUUUCAGAAUUGCGACCUUCACCCAGAGAGUACGUCGCACCAUCUUGGUCUUGGGCCUCUGUCACCCGAACUGUUUCAUACCCUUUGUGGGGUGGAUAUACACGUCCAAUGUUGUUCUAUUCAGGAGUCAAAGUCCUGGAUUUUGAUUGCGAUGUUCCUGGGCGAAAUCCCUACGGCAAAGUGUGUGGAGGGUUUAUGCUUUUGAGUGGAAAGACCGUUCUGGUGAAAAUCAAGGUAGAUGGCCACCAUCACAGCAUGGUUUCACGUAAAGACUGGGACUUCUACCCUGAUUUUGCUCUUCAGCAAUCUGGAGAAAGCAUAUUCCGCUCCAUGCUUGAAAAGAGUCCAUCGCCAUUCGAAGCCAACGUUCAUUGUCUCUACCUGGCUACCGCAAAGGAGUCCGGACACGUGGGCAUACCAUCUUCACGCACGCUUUUCACUCAUUACGCGUUGGUCUUGGGUCGCUCUGGACCCGAAGAGGAAGCCUCAUUCUGUCGCCUGGGCCUCAUGCAGUCAACUUCAGACAACGCAAUGAGACUUUUUGACGCCGCUACUGAAAAGACUGUUCGCAUCAUUUAA